AUGGAAGGAGACAAUUUGACUCAAGAAGAUCUACUGAAGAAGCACAAGCAGGAGAAGAAAGACCUGCAAGCGAAGAUACAAUCGCUCAAGAAAAGCGCGCCUAAAGGCGACAAAAAGAAAAAGAAAGAAAUUACAGAGGAAAUAGCCAGAUUAGAAUUAGAACUAAACGAGAAACACCAGCAAGAAUUAGACGAAUUGUGCCCACCAGCUGAAAAUAGUAUAGAAACAGAUGAAAACCGAGAAAAUGAGACUGAAGAGCAACCAGAACAAGAGGAACUUUUAGACAACAAUACCAGUACCAGAACUUCCAGGGCCCAAAAAAGGAGGAACAAAAAGGAAGCGGAAGCCAAAGAACGCGAGAAAAGGAUACAAGAACAAUCCGAAAGGAACCGAGAAGGCCCUAGAGUUCUAGAAACCAACGCCAUCAAACAAGUACUUAAAUCGAUGAACUUAAAACUGCACAACAUCCCAGCCGAUGGAAAUUGCUUAUACUUGGCCGUAAAUCACCAACUGCAAGUAACAGGCAAGUCGACUAGAUCGGUGAACGACUUGAGGAAAACCACGGCCGAUUUCAUGCGACAGAACAAAGAAGAUUUCCUUCCGUUCAUGUGCAAUGAACUCGACGAAUCCGAGAUAGUUAGCGAAGAACAAUUCGAAAAUUACUGUAAGGACGUAGCCACGACCAAACUGUGGGGAGGUCAAUUAGAGUUAAAGGCCCUGUCGAAUAUCUUAAAGUGCCCCAUUAAAGUCAUCCAAGCCGCGGGGCCUCCGACUUUGCAGGGCGAGCAGUUCAAAGGAGACGAGCUGAUAUUGACCUAUCACAGGCAUUUGUACAGGUUAGGGGAGCACUACAACUCCACUAUUCCUUUGGAAACCGAUAACGAUGAUGUAUGA